GAAUGUUCAGUUUAUUCGUACGGCUUCAAGUGCAUGGACAAAUAUUUGCUCGCGUUGUUAUUGAACUCGAUUUCAACCCCAGCCCAGUGGCCAGUUAUCAGAUCGUGUUUCAGUUCAAUCCGUUAAUAAAAUCCCACAAAGAGUUUGCCAAUGAUAACAAACCAUAUGAUAGCAGAGUGCAAAAUCAAUAGGAGAUAAAUUCGAAGAUAAACCAAAAGUUACAGCUGUCGACUCCGUAUUCAAGGAAGUGUAACGCGAUCUUCAGUUAUCAUUUGGAUUUGUGUUGCAAUAGUCGGUGUCCAUUGUGUGACAGUUUUAAUUGCGGAUUACUCGCCAAUUGUAGUUUAAUAACAUAGCAAAAAAAUGUUUUUAACCAAAUUCAUAAUUUUAUGCUCUCUAACGGCAUUACUCAAUGCCCAAGAAGCCGAAGUCGAAUCAAAUGCUUCAGGAUCCGAUAACCAAACAAUACAGACCACAUCUUUACCUAUUGUUCUGCAAUUAACGACUCAAGAUAGUUCACCUAAUGAUGCGAUUCACACAACAUCAAUUGAAAAGCGACCACCAACGGAAUCAGAUGAAAAUAAACAUGAAGCUGAUAUGCAGUUGAAUAAUGAAAUUGAGCCGAACGUUGAGGUAUUUGAAAAUAAACCAGGACCCUUAAAUGCGCAUCAGGAAGAAGAGGAUGGUGACGAAGCAAAUCUGGUACCUGAAAUGCCAGCAGAAGAAGAAGCUGCAACAGAGGGCGAAGAUGCUGUUGAGGAAGUUCCACCUGCGGAGCCGAAAGAAGAAGCUGCUUCCGAACUAGAAACUGCGGUGCCCGAGGAAGAAAACGCACCUGAGCCAGCAUCAGCGGUGGAGACAGAACCAGCCGAUCCAGAGGCUGUUGCCGAAACGGAGCCAGAGCCAGCUGUUGCAGCAGAGCCAGAAUCAAUACCAGAGCCCGAGCCUGUAGCAGAAGCUGAAUCAGAAGAGAAACCACAAUCUGAAGUAGAACCUGAACCACAAACGGAAACUGAAACUGAACCCGCUGCGGAAGCGGAUGCUGCUACGCCCGAUGAAACUCCAGCCGAAGCUGAUACUGUUGGUGAUCCAGCAGGGGAGCCUACGCAAGAACAUGCACAUCCAGUAGACGAAAUGCAAAAUGAUGCUCCUGAUAUGGCUGCACCGGAAUCAGCAACGCCAGCAUCCGUGGGAACAAAUUCAAGUAACAAAUUUCCUAAGACAUGCUUCAGUUGUAACAGUCAAGAUGAGGUCUUCUGCAAUUCGAAUCCAACAAAUAAGAUGAAUUGCAAAACCGGUAAUCCCGACAACAAUGAGGGUCAUUCAGGAUGCUAUACCAUAUUCAAGGUUGAUUCCAACAUGACAAUGCGCGGUUGUGUGGACGAAUUAGCUGAACAGGGCUUACGAGAAUGCCUAACGGAUGACAAAUUUUGCACUCUGUGCUACACCAACGACUGUAAUAAUAAAAUGCCACCAAAUGCAGCAGUUAGCCUACAAAUGAAUGUGUAUUGCCUAAUUUUACUUAACAGCGUUGCAUAUAGCCUUGCCAAGUACUUAUAAGAAUUUUUUGCAAGCUCACUUCUAAUUUUAUUCUUGUUACUUCGGUGAUAUGGUAUUAUAAGUCAAAGCGUGGCCAGUGUUAAAUUUCAAGUAAAUCGAAAUUAUUUAACUAAACAGAAA